UGUCUACUCCCUUCUCUUCUCUGUCUCUCUCUAGAAAACGCUCCCAUUUCGCCGUCGUUUAAUCGGCGAAUCUUAUUUAUUCCUAUUUAUAUAAAUUUGUAUUAUCUUCCGUUACAUCGAUCUCCCUUUAAAAUUCCCUGCUUUUAUGCAUUUAAUGACCAUCUGAUCUCCCUCGUGAUCCGUGCUCACUACAAUUAUCUCCUCUGUCUGUUGAUUGAUUGUUCAGUUAUAAGCAGCAGAGCUUCAUAAGUAAGCCUCGAAUUUCGUGCAAACAAGCCGGGAAAUGUCUGGCCCACUGGAUCGCUUUGCUAGACCUUGUUUUGAGGGGUUUUCGGGCAGCGAUGAGAGAAGAGAGAGAAAAUCCGAUUUUGAGAACUCUGAAGAUGAGAGGCGAACAAGAAUUGGAUCACUGAAGAAGAAAGCAAUUAAUGCAUCCACUAAAUUCAAGCAUUCUUUAAAGAAAAAGAGUAAUAGAAGAAAGAGUGAUGGUAGAGUUAGCUCUGUUUCGAUUGAGGAUGUUCGGGAUGUUGAGGAACUUCAAGCUGUUGAUGAAUUCAGACAGGCAUUGAUUAUGGAUGAAUUAUUACCGGAAAGACAUGAUGAUUACCAUAUGAUGUUGAGGUUCUUAAAAGCUAGGAAGUUUGACAUUGAAAAAGCAAAGCACAUGUGGGCUGAUAUGCUCCAGUGGAGGAAGGAAUUUGGUGCUGAUACUGUUAUAGAGGAUUUUGAAUUUAAAGAGUUGAGUGAAGUUUUGAAGUAUUACCCACAUGGUAAUCAUGGUGUCGAUAAAGAUGGGAGACCUGUUUAUAUUGAAAGAUUGGGAAAAGUUGAUCCCCACAAACUUAUGCAUGUUACAACUAUGGACCGGUAUGUAAAAUACCAUGUGAGAGAGUUUGAGAAAAGCUUAAAAAUAAAGUUUCCAGCUUGCACCAUUGCUGCAAAGAGGCAUAUAGAUUCAAGCACAACAAUAUUAGAUGUUCAGGGCGUGGGUCUUAAGAACUUCACCAAGAGUGCACGGGAUCUCAUCAUGCGGCUCCAGAAGAUUGAUGGUGACAAUUACCCCGAGACACUCCACCAAAUGUUCAUCAUCAAUGCUGGUCCUGGAUUUAGGUUGCUAUGGAACACUGUGAAGACUUUUCUAGAUCCCAAAACCACCUCCAAGAUUCAUGUUCUUGGAAACAAGUACCAGAGCAAACUGCUUGAGAUGAUUGAUGCCAGUGAAUUGCCAGAAUUUCUUGGUGGUACCUGUACAUGUGCAGAUCAGGGAGGUUGUCUUCGAUCAGAUAAGGGACCAUGGAGAAACCCAGAAAUUUUGAAGAUGGUACUUAAUGGUGAAGCAAGACGUGCUAGGCAGGUUGUAAAAGUUUUAAACAGUGAGGGGAAGUUUAUCUAUGCUAAGCCACAUUACCCAAUGAUUAAAGGCAGUGAUACAUCCACCGCAGAGUCUGGAUCUGAAGCUGAAGAUAUCGCUUCUCCUAAAGCACUGAAGAGUUAUUCACAUCUUAGACUGACUCCUGUUCGCGAAGAAGCUAAGGUAAUUGGAAAGGCUAGCUAUGCUGCUAACUUCUCAGGGUAUGAUGAAUAUGUCCCUAUGGUUGACAAAGCUGUUGAUUCUGGUUGGAAAAAGCAAUCGUCAACCCAGAGGCCUUCUAUUUCUAAAGCAACAUUUACUCUUCCUAACACUCAAAAGAGUCCAGAAGGAAUUCACGUUAGAAUUUUGGUAGCAGUUGUGGCUUUCUUCAUGACACUUUUCACUCUUUUCCGUACGAUGGUGUCUCAUGUGACUAAGAGGCUUCCCUACCCAUCUUCUGACAAUAAUUCAACAUCCCCUGUGCUCACCUCUGAUGCAACACAAGAAGAGUUUCGUCCCCCAUCACCAACUCCAGUUUUUACUGAGGCAGAUCUCCUAUCGUCUGUACUGAAAAGGUUAGGUGAGCUCGAGGAGAAAGUUGAUACACUUAAAGCCAAACCAUCAGAAAUGCCUUACGAGAAAGAGGAGUUACUGAAUGCUGCCGUUUGUCGUGUGGAUGCCCUAGAAGCUGAGCUAAUUGCUACUAAAAAGGCACUACAUGAAGCUUUAAUGAGGCAAGAAGAAUUGCUUGCUUACAUAGACAGUCAAGAAGAAGCCAAGUUCCGGAAAAAGAAGUUUUGCUGGUAAGGUUGUUUUGCCAAUGGAGAGAAGACUGAUAACUUCUUGGCUGGCACUGUGAUUAUCUUUUCUAUACAAGUGUUUUAACAUACACGGCCCAAUGUUGAUUGUGCUGAGAACACACUUUCUAAUUGAUGCGAGUUCCUGAUUGCAAAGGAACACAGACUUGUAAGGAAACUAUUGUGUAACUAGUAAUACCCUGAAAUCAUAUUUGUGUGGUUUGGUUUGUUCAA